AUCCGACGGCAAAGGCAUGAGAAGAAGCCCUUGAAGAGGCUGCGGCGAGUUGUGCCCUCCCCCUUUCGACUUCAGAGGUCUCGUGGGGGAGUUUGCUCCACCGCCAGUGCUGCUGCUGCUGCUUCAGUUGGAGUUGUGCGAACUUGUUUUACAACUCUCAGACAGUUGAGCAAUCAUGGGUAAGGAGAAGGUGCACAUCAAUAUCGUGGUCAUCGGCCAUGUCGACUCUGGCAAGUCGACGACCACUGGGCACCUCAUCUACAAGUUGGGAGGUAUCGACAAGCGUGUGAUCGAGCGUUUCGAGAAGGAGGCGGCGGAGAUGAACAAGCGUUCGUUCAAGUAUGCGUGGGUGCUGGACAAGCUGAAGGCAGAGCGCGAGCGUGGUAUCACGAUUGAUAUUGCGCUGUGGAAGUUCGAGACCAUGAAGUACUACUGCACUGUGAUCGACGCGCCCGGACAUCGCGAUUUCAUCAAGAACAUGAUCACGGGAACGUCGCAGGCAGACUGCGCUGUGCUGAUCAUCGACUCGACGACGGGAGGGUUCGAGGCCGGUAUCUCGAAGGAUGGGCAGACGCGUGAGCACGCACUGCUGGCGUUCACUUUGGGAGUGAAGCAGAUGAUUUGCUGCUGCAACAAGAUGGACGCGACCACCCCGAAGUACAGCAAGGCCCGAUAUGAGGAGAUCGUGAAGGAGGUGUCGGCGUACCUGAAGAAGGUGGGGUACAACCCGGAGAAGGUUCCGUUCGUGCCGAUCUCAGGGUUCGAGGGCGACAACAUGAUCGAGAGGUCGACGAACCUGGACUGGUACAAGGGCCCGACUCUGUUGGAGGCGUUGGACAACGUGUCAGAGCCGAAGCGGCCAUCUGACAAGCCUCUGAGGCUGCCGCUUCAGGACGUGUACAAGAUUGGAGGCAUCGGAACUGUGCCAGUGGGACGGGUGGAGACAGGAAUCAUCAGGCCAGGUAUGUUGGUGUGCUUCGCACCGACGGGACUGACGACUGAGGUGAAGUCGGUGGAGAUGCAUCACGAGUCGAUGCCUGAGGCGCACCCAGGUGACAACGUCGGGUUCAACGUGAAGAACGUGGCGGUGAAGGACCUGAAGAGAGGGUACGUGGCCUCAGACUCGAAGAACGACCCUGCCAAGGAGGCAGCCAACUUCACGGCGCAGGUUAUCAUCAUGAACCACCCGGGACAGAUCGGGAACGGUUACGCACCAGUGCUGGAUUGCCACACGUCGCACAUUGCGGUGAAGUUCGCGGAGAUCUUGACGAAGGUGGACAGGCGAUCGGGUAAGGAGCUGGAGAAGGAGCCGAAGUUUUUGAAGAACGGGGACGCAGGGUUCGUGAAGAUGAUUCCGACGAAGCCGAUGACAGUGGAGACGUUCGCGGAGUACCCACCAUUGGGACGUUUCGCGGUGCGUGAUAUGAGGCAGACGGUGGCUGUGGGUGUUAUCAAGGCCGUAGAGAAGAAGGAACCCACCGGCGCCAAGGUGACGAAGGCCGCUGCGAAGAAGAAGUGAAUAGUGCGGGAAGGGGGUGAAGGCGAGGCGGAGAAGGGGGCGGAGUGGCGGUGGUGGGUGGAGAGGUGGAUGUGGAGCAUGGAGUUGCUGACUUUGAGUGGUUGGUCGAUAUAUUUGUUGCAAGCGCGACAGAGGCAGACUUGGGUACUUGACAGGAGAUGGCAGGGCAUAGUGGGCACGAGGGCAUGGGUGUAAGAGAGAGGGAAAUAAGAGAAUAUAUGAUCUCUUUUUAAAGUACAAA